AUGUCGUUUCUUCGACGAAAGCAAGAUAAUCAACAUAACUCUAAAGUUCAAAUAAAAGUAAAUUCAAAUAAAGGAAAGGGCAAGCAAGUAGAAACUGCAAAUAUCGAUGAAAUUCAAGAAAUUGAAACGCAACAAACGCAACAAAAUGAAACGAACGAGCCAUUACCUCGACGAAAGGAACGUGAUUCAAUCAUCCAGGAACAAACAAUAGAAGAAACACAAAAUUCGAAUGAUAAACAAAAUCCAAGUGUUGAUACCAAGGGAACACAGGUUGAUGUAACACCAUCACAACAAAGUUUGAAAUGUAUACAAUUAAUUCGACCAAAAAAUCUUGGCCUAGACAUGCAGGUGGAUAACCAGGCAGAACAUUUAAAUGAGAAAAAUGAUAAGCAAAUUGAUAAUGUAAAUAGUAACGUAAUUGUCACACCACCACCAAAACAAAACAAAAUAACCAAGAGAUUCAAACGAUUCAAACGAAUUUUUCGACGAAAGAAACCUUGCUCAAAUGAGCCGGAAGGAAAUUCAAUCGUAAAUGACCGAAAACAAAGCAGGAUAAUAAUCAUCCCAAGUGAUUGUUUGCUUGAAAUAUUCAAAUAUUUCUCAGAUGAUCUAAGAACCUUAUAUUCUUGUCUGCUGGUGGACAAGCAUUGGUGUAUCAGCACCGUUCGAUUAAUUUGGAAGAGCCCGUUUCAAAAUGAAUGUUCCCCGGCUGUUAUAGAUGUAUACCUGUCUUGUCUUUCAAAACACGAAAAAAAGAACCUUUUUGCAAAUAUCAAGAGCGAAGUGAUCCGUUCAAUUUUGACAAAGGAUGCAACCUUCUACUAUGCGAACUUUUUGCGUCAAUUAAACAUGGACAAUUUGCGCGUUGCUGUCGACGCAUGGCUCAAAGAACAUAAUCUCAUCGAAAGGCGGUACCCGGACCUAAUAUGUCGUGCUCUGUGCCGACUGUUCAUAACCAACUGUGAGAAUCUCAAAUCUUUGUGCUUAAAUUGGAAUCAUUCUAAAAUUUCCGGAAAAUGGAAGAAAUAUCCAAUAUUUCCAUAUCAUCGAGAUGCAUCGACAUUUUUACAUAAAUUAAACGAACUAUCAAUUCAUCGCGUCAAUAAGCGUGACAUAUUCUUGGAUAUGGCGAAGCAAUCAAAACAUCUUAGCAAAUUAGAAUUAUUGGAUUAUUGCUUUGACAAUCUUCAAGAUCAUCGAUACGAAUCCAUACAUAGGCUCAUAAAAGAUCAAUACAACUUGCAACAUUGUAAAUUAUUUGCAUACGGACUCUGUCCUAUAGUACCCAUGAGGGGUUUAUACUUUCAAAAGCAUUCAUUAAUUCAUUUUGAAUUGACUUACGCAAAAUUCACCUCCGAGAAUCCUCGUGAGGCUUUUCAAGCAUUAUCAGCUUGUAGUAAUUUAAAAUUUUUAAUCAUCGAAUAUUGUUAUUUUGCCAAUCAAAAUGUUCUUCAACCUUUAAUUGAAACAAUCUUUCCGCAUUUAUAUAAAGUUCAAUUCAAAAAUUUACAAAGUAGUGCGGCUGAGAUCUUCACUUCUAUGAUUAAACUUAAUUCGGCCUCCUUAAGAGAACUUCAUUAUUCUGACGAUGUUUCACGUCGAUCGACUACCUAUCCAAUCUUGGAUGCGAUUGUAACACAUUCCGCAUCAUCCCUUGUCUCGCUCACCAUUCCCUUUAAGAAUUGUCAAACCCCCUAUCUAAUAAAUAUCUUAUCAUUCUUAACACAACUUCAAAGUCUUAAACUAAUUGGAUCUUAUGGUCAUGAAAGGGCGUUCGUAGAUUUCUUACCUGAACUGGCCAGGUUAUUGCCAGUUUCCUUACGACAUCUUAGCUUAGACUUGAACUGGGUCAUAAUUAAUACCUUAUCCGAAUUUUUAACGAAUUUGAAAGCUCCACUUAACACUUUAUACAUUACUGGAUGGUCAAGGCAAAUUCGUAGUAAACAUGUUAAGAUGAUUGAAAGAUAUUUACGACAAAAUAAUCCCGAAUUGAGCUUGCACGGUUUUAUAAAAGACAUCACUUGA